CGUGACGUCAGCAAGUGGUCCCCAAAGGUUUUGGUUCCUAAUCUCUCUCUCUCUCUCUCUCUCUCUGUGUCUCUCUGUCACUCUCUCUCAGCAGGUUUGGGACCUCUUAACACAGUUUGCUUGGGCUGGAAGAAGACAUGGGUUGGGAAAGGAUUUAAGAUGCUUGUCCAUUGCCUACUCUCUGGCUUGAUACAACCGAUACAGGGUCCUUUCUAAGCUUGAUCUCUGUGAUCACAAAUCGUUGAGGGUGUCACAUUACUUCUGUGCACACUUAGACUGAGGAGAAUGCAGAAAUCACUUUACUACGACAAUCCAAGUUCUUUUGCAGGCUGUGAUUUCCCAGACUCCAAUGACAUGAGCUACCUAGGGCAAGAGACUUACUCAAGUGAACCUGAUUACGAGCCUGCGUUCUGUCUCCAGGCAGACACCACUACCACCACCACCACAGCUGCUGCCACCAAAGGUGAACUCAGAGUCAAAGGUGUACAUUCCCAUCUGUCUGACGUCUCGGAAAGAGCCCACCAGCCCAAAUCACCCAGCUCUGCGUCCCCCACCCCAAAAUCGACAGGAAACCAGAACAGCCCACCAAAGGACUGCACUGGACCCAACUCUGCCGACGUCACAGCCACCAAAAAGAACAGUAAGGCCACCAACAUCCCCAAACAGAUCUUCCCAUGGAUGAAGGAAACUCGUCAGCACUCCAAGCAGAAGAAGGCCAUCCCACCCCCACCAGGUAAAGAAAAGUCUCUGUGCUCCCUCCCCUUCCCCCACAAUGUUUACCUGCUCCUGCAAGGUGAAGGGGCUCAUGUAGUAGGCAUCUCAGUACAUGAAAAACUGCUUCACCUAAGUGCUGUAACAGAGGGUCAUUGCAAGAGUUAGUCUCUCAUUAAUAGAAAUGACAGAGUGACUCAGAUAACACCAGGUCCCCAAUCCACCCCCCUGAGACCUCCUUUGCUGCCAACCCAGGUAUAUAUAGAUACUGUGUACACACAGGGAAACCACUCACAGCUCAAACUGUGUACACAGUGACUAUCUGGCUCAUACAGCACUGAUAUUUGGUAAUAUAAGAUUUAUGUUUAUAUUUUAAUAAAUGAAUAGUUUGGCAAGGUGUGUACACAGAUAUACUUAUAUAAACAUACGUCUCUGCAAAUACCUGUACUGUUCAGAGGUAAAGAGGAGACAUUAUUUGAAUUUAUGGAAUUGUUUGUUUGUUUGUUGUUGUUAUUUUGGCAAAAGUGUUUUAUGGAAAACUUAAUUGUGUGACUUACAACUUUAAAAAAAAUAUAUUUUUGUAUGUAAGUAUUUCAGAGUGAGUUUGGAGAAUGCUUGAUUUGCUAAAACGCCCAAUAGGCAUGCACAUUCAGUAAAUUCACAUUCACACACAAAGUAUACAUGAUUAGUUCACUCUGUGUGUGUGUGUUAUACAUUUGUUUAUUAUUGCAGUGAAGUUCACAAUAAUGUCUUUGAUGUGUUAGUUAAAAGAUUUAUGGAAUAUGGAAUACAGGGUUAUAUAUUAAAGUAAGAACUGAAAGUGAAUUCAAAUUGAAUUUCAUAUUUAAGACCUAAGUCUAAUUUGACUUUAACAUUGGUCAAUUUGAAUUCACCUUAAAUUCUCACUUUAGUGAAUAACCCUGAUAAUAUUUAAAUAACCAAACAGUAGGCUAAAGGCACUUCAGUAGCCAGUGACAAAAUUAAUCUGAGCAAAGAGAUUUAAUUAUAUUAUUUUUUUACAUCUUCAUUUGACUUUCUGUUAUAGACUCCCAGUGUAACUUCCUACAUCAAGCAACCAAUCAUAUUCUUUCCUCUUUACUCCUCCUAUGAUUCCCUGCUAACCUUUGGCUGGGUAAGAAUCUUGGGAGUUGAAGGGCAGCAACAGUUUUUUAAGCUAUUUGCUAAAUCAGCCUGAAAGGCUGGCUGAGCAUCAUGGGAAAUGUAGUCAGAACAUCUGCAAGACUAGGAGAACAUCGCUGUUUGAUGUUAUUGUUUUAAUUACUAAAUAAACAAAUCUGAUAUUUUGUAUUACAGAGGAUGAAAGCUUCCUGGACAACUUGAGCUCAGCCUCCAAAAGGGCCAGGACUGCUUACACCAACUCCCAGCUGGUAGAACUGGAGAAAGAAUUUCACUUCAAUCGCUACCUCAGUCGCCCAAGAAGACUGGAAAUGGCCAAACUGCUCAAUUUAUCUGAGAGACAAAUCAAAAUCUGGUUUCAGAACAGGAGGAUGAAGUACAAGAAAGAUCACAAAGGGAAAAGUGGAAGUGUCUCUCCUGGGGGACAGUCUCCCAGCACAAGUCCCUUACUGGUAUCUUACUCCAACCCUCUACCUCUAGAUGAGGACAAUGGCUAUGAUGUGCCCAUGGCCAACUCAUUCAACAAGACCUCUGGGAACAUGUAUGGCUUAACUGCUUACUCGGCACCCCUGUUUGAGAACCCUCAGACCCAAAAGCGAUAUGGGGCCCAUUCCCUUUCUUCUGAGUAUGAAGACCCACAUUUGCAUGGUGAGGACACCUUUGACACCUGUGGACUGGAAGGAAGCCAGAGUUACAUUGCAGGAAAUUACCUGGAGAAUGGAAACUGUUCCAUGUUCAACCUCCCCCAUCCUUCUUCAGAUAGCAUGGACUACAGCUGUGCAGCUCAGAUCCCUAGCAAACACCAUCUAGGACCCUGUGACCCACAUCCCACCUACACAGACUUAAACAUACAUCCUGUGCCUCAGGGUUGUUCUCAAGAGCCCCCAGUGCUGACACAUCUGUAGGACUGUCAACCACAUGAAACCAAGGCAAUUUUCCCAGGUCCAUUAUGUCAUUAAAAAAGAAAGCCCUGUACAUGUAAAUGUGUCCCAGUAUUAACCCUCCCCUCCCCCCCAAACAUCCAAAUGUAUUUAUUGAGCUAUGCACAAUACACAACUAUGCAUGGGUGAUGCAAAAGUAAUUUCACAUAAGCAACCAAUUACAAGUUAUUUCAAACAAAGUGCCCUAUCUUCUAAAUAGUGUAACCUUUUCCCCAUAAUGGACUAUUUCACAUGAAUGAAUGUUAUCUAUUAAUUUACCUUCUCCCCACCUUCCAAUUUAGCCUAUUACCCCUAUCCAACAGCUUUCACAAUAUUCCCAUUCUAUUUUGAACCAUAUUUAUGUGAAACAGAUUUUUGUUUCGAAAACUUCACAUUUUUUGCGGAGAAAAAAACAAUACAAAAAAACAAAAACAAAAAACGAAUCAUAUGGGUUGGCGUCUGUUGAUUUGAAAUAUUUUUGCUUAUUUUUGAUGUUUUGUU